AUGCCCACUCCACGACCAGUUUCGCGAUGCGUCCAGCGCAGCUCGCGAGUCCUCUCUCGCUCUCAACUGCGUCCCGUCAGAUCCAGCUUCUGUCCCGCCACAAUCUCUGCUAGAUCCCCCAUUUCCACCAGGACAACUGCAGCUGCAUGGUCUACCACAAGACUGCCAAUUACCACCCGCGCCUUCAGCACUACUUCGAGACUUCGAGACGAUGACGGAGAUUUUGACCCCGCGAGUGUCGAACGCGAGUCCGAUGAAGUCGAUGUCUGUAUCGUAGGAGGUGGCCCAGCUGGACUUAGCGCUGCCAUUCGUCUCAAGCAGCUCGCCAACGAAGCUGGGAACGAGGACUUCCGUGUGAUUGUCCUGGAAAAAGCUGGCGAUCUUGGUGCCCACAUCCUCUCUGGAGCUGUCAUCCAACCCACCUCGAUCAACGAACUUAUCCCCGACUGGCUUGACGAGAACAACCCCAACCGAUUCGAACACGCUACUCCUGCCGGCGCCGAUCGCAUGCGAUUCCUUACCAAGAAUUCUGCCAUUCCUAUUCCUGCGCCUCCGCAAAUGUCCAACCAUGGAAACUACAUCGUUAGCUUGAACCAAUUCGUCAAGUGGCUCGGCGAGCGUGCUGAAGAGAUUGGUGUUGAGGUGUACCCUGGAUUCGCUGCAUCAGAAGUUGUCUAUGAUUCAGAUGGCUCUGUCAAGGGUGUCGCCACCAAUGACCUCGGAAUUGGUCGUGAUGGUAAGCCCAAGGAAACAUUCGAGCGAGGGAUGGAGUUCCACGCCAGAGUCACCAUGUUUGGUGAGGGCUGUCAUGGAAGUUUGAGCAAGCAGGUCAUUAACAAGUUUGACUUGCGGAGGGACAGCCAGCACCAGACGUAUGGUCUAGGCAUCAAGGAGACCUGGGAAAUCGACCCUGCCAAGUUCGAAAAGGGCCUGGUUGUCCAUUCAAUGGGUUACCCUCUCCCCAAGGAGGUAUAUGGUGGCUCUUUCAUGUACCACUUUGGCGAGAACUUUGUUCAGAUCGGUCUUGUUGUGUCUCUUGAUUACCAAAACCCCUGGAUGUCGCCCUAUCAAGAGUUUCAGAAGCUCAAGCUUCAUCCCCUCUUCCGCGAUGUUCUUGAAGGUGGCAAGUGCAUUUCCUAUGGCGCUCGCGCUCUCAUUGAGGGUGGUUUCCAGUCCAUUCCCAAGGUCGCUUUCCCUGGUGGUGCGCUCAUUGGUGACUCGGCUGGAUUUGUCAACGUGCCCAAGGUUAAGGGCACUCACAAUGCUAUGAAGUCCGGUAUGCUUGCCGCCGAGGCAGCAUGGACUGCUAUCAACGAGAAGACUGAUGAUGGCACUGUCUUCUUGUACGAUUACGAAAACAAGUUGCGAGACUCUCCCAUCUGGAAGGAGCUUAAGGAGGUGCGCAAUAUGCGACCUUCCUUCCACAACCCCCUUGGCCUCUACGGUGGAAUCAUGUAUUCAGGCCUCGAGGCUUAUAUCUUGAAGGGUCGUGUUCCUUGGACAUUCAAGCAUAAGACCCCUGACCACGCAUCUACCCUUCCUGCCGACAAGGUCCCUAAGAUCGAGUACGAGAAGCCUGAUGGCAAGAUCACCUUUGAUAUCUUGACAAGUGUCUCCCGCACUGGAACCAACCACGAGGAGGAUCAACCUGUUCACUUGCAGGUCAAGGACUGGGACGCCCACACCGAAACUACAUACCCUCCUUAUAAGGGCAUGGAGAAUCGCUUCUGCCCAGCUGGCGUGUAUGAGUAUGUUGAGGACGAGUCCAAGCCUCACGGCGUGCGGUUCCAGAUCAAUGCGCAAAACUGCAUCCACUGUAAGACAUGCGACAUCAAGGCUCCUCACCAAGACAUCAACUGGCAGGUGCCGCAGGGAGGCGAGGGCCCUAAGUACUAUAUGACCUAA